UGCACAAUGGUUGUUGUCAGCGGUGGUUAUGGAGAUGAAAUGGAACUACGAGCUGUCAACAGUAUUGUAAUGUUCCCGUGGCCAUCAGAGGAAUGCCAGGGAAGAUAGGAUUCAUUGUGGUCAGCUCUUCCAGUCAUGAGGAUACCUUUUGUGCCAAGGAGCUCAUGGUCCAUGCACCCACAGUCAACGGAUGGAGAUCCAGCAGGCUGUGCUCCUAUCCUCAGCACAUCAUCCUCCAGCUGUUGGAGAGAAGUAGGAUAAAGAAACUGCAGCUGCUGGCUCACCAGCACCUGAUCCCAGCCAAGGUUGAGUUCCAUAUUGGAGACAGCCUCCCUGAAACCAGCCCUGCAGGGUUUCCCGGGCAUCUUCGGAGACUUGGGUAUGUGUCUAUGUCAGAUAAUGAGAAGACUGGUUUCAAAGCUCGGGAGUUGAAGUCGGUCCAUCUAGAUGCCAUUGGGAAGUAUCUGAGAAUAACCCUCCAUAGGAACUAUGUCAACCGCUACAAUCACUACAACCAGGUUUCUUUGAUUGCCAUUAACGUGCUAGGAGAUCCUUUGGAUGGCAAUGCUUUUAACACAAUCCCAAGCAGAGAGCAGCUGAUCGAACACUACCUCAACAGUACCCAGCAGGAAGCUGCCUUGGACACAGCUUUCAUGGGCAAAUGUGAGUCCAUUUCCCCCUUGGAUGAUUUGGCUUUUGAUAUGUAUCAGGACCCCGAAGUUGCUCACAUCAUUCGUCUUCUGGACCAAAAGAAGCAGGAGAUGGUUCUGCAGGAAGACUUUGAACAGGCAAAGAAUCUGAAACAGGCGAUUGCAGAUUUGCAGAAGGUUGGAGAACGUUUGGCUCGAUAUGAUGUGGAGAAGCGAUGUGCCAUCGAAAAGGAGGACUAUGACUUGGCCAAGAAGAAGAAAGAGCUCAUGAAAGAGUACAGGAAGAGUGUGUACCAGCAGCUGGAAGUCCACAACCUGCUGGACAUGACAGCGAUCACCAGGGCAGCAGACUCGUCACCAACCCGCUACCCUCCCCCACUUCUGGCUUCUCCAGGUCACCGUUUAGCGCCCAUCAAGCCACUUGUGUCCACAGAGGCAUUGAAGAAGGGGAAAAAAGCAAGUUCUGGUCAAAAUCAACAGUUAGUCACAGAAGCUGUUGUGCCCAAACAUAGCAGCCUGUUUGACACACCUUUGGGCUCUGCAGCCACAGCUAACGCUAAUGCUAACUGUGUGCCCUAUGAUGAGAGGCCAUUGCCAGCCCUUCAAAGGAAGAACUGGCCAGUGGAGAACAUCCAGAGCCCCGCACAUGAUCACUCCCCAAAAUCUGACGUGCAAAGGCCACCACAUAGCUCUGAGAAGAAUGGAGAGCCAGAGCCGCUAACAGAGAAAGCCCAGAGAGAAGCAGGCCUUCCAAUAGAGGUCUUUGGAGAGACUCUGGUGGCUGGAGCAUAUUCUAAAACGUGGUGCUGCAGGGAGGAUGCUCUGCUGGCCGUUCAAAAGAAGCUGUCGGAGGUUUCCUCCACCAUCCCCAAGGAGGAGCUGAGAAGCAUGAUGAGAGCUGCAGUCUUCCUGGUUAAGAAAGCCCUGCUGGAUAAAGUCGCAUCUGUGUUCUACGCUUCACUGAAGCUGCUGCGGUUAAUGCUGAGUCAGCUGAUCCCAGGUCUGGGCCUUGGCCGGGCUGAGGUUACCCACUGCCUGGAGAUGACGUUUCCCAACUUGCUGGCCAGGACCGGAGACUCCGCUAGUCGGCCUCGGGCUGCAGCUGUCACCUUCAUUCAGGAAAUUGCUGCUUUUAAGGAAGUGCGAGCCCUGCAGUUGAUACCGGUUGAACUAGUGAAGCCAUUCAAGUCCAAUUUCCCCUCCCGUCUCGCCCAGAGUCGGGCCGAGCUGUUAGAGAAGCUGCUCGCUGAACUGGGUACUGAGAACUCAGGCUUCACCCUGCAAAAUGUCAUCAUGUUCUGUACAGCGGCGUUGGAACACAGUGCUAAAGCGGUCCGAGAGCUGGCCGUCCGCAUCAUCUUAUUCAUGUACCAGCAACACAGGAGUGCUGUUCUCAGCUACCUUCCGCCCAGCGAUGCUGCCGCACGCAAGAACUUCCUCUACAAAACCCUCUUUGAUGGCUUUUCCAAGAUUAACGGAAACUUGACGGAGACUCAGUGGGGUGAGAGUCAGCAGGGUGGACAAAAGGAGAAGGAGGAGAUCCAUUCCCUUCAGGAGCAGCUGGCUGCCUUGAAAGAGAUCACAGAGAGAGGGAAUGACACCUCUAAAACACAUAUCCUUAAAAAGGAGCAUCACAAAGUUGAGAAAGUGUCCCAAAAAGCCAGCAAAGCAAGUGUCACAAAAGGCCCCCAAACCACCACAGCAGAGAAUGUAAAUAUACAACAACCAAUGAAGUAUUUGGACAACUUGUGUAUAUUCUGUGGGAAAAAGGACGAGUCAUUCACAGAAGACGGGUUGGACCUUCACUACUGGAAACAGUGUCCGAUGCUUCAGCGCUGCGAUGAAUGUAAACAGGUAGUUGAGAUAGCCAGUCUCACCGACCACCUUUUGGGCGAAUGUGAAAACAGGUCCAAGUUCAGCCGGUGUUCCCGCUGCUCCGAGGCUGUGGGAACCGAGGAGCUCGCCUGCCACGUUCAGGGUCCAACCUGCAACCCCUCCGUCGCGGGCAAAAACUCCAACCACUGUCCUUUGUGUCACGCCAACUUCCUGCCUGGAGAGGAGGCCUGGAAGGCUCACCUCAUGGGCAGAGAGGGCUGCAAACAAAACUCACGCAGGACUGCGGUCGGCCAGAGAACCCAGCCAGCACAAGGCAGGGCUGCAGGCGGAGUGAAGCUGAAGCAGGCCUGGUCUGUCGGAGCCAGACCCCGGCCCGUCCGCAGAGGCAGCAGGAUUCCAGCCCUGGCACCUUUAACGAGGAGGUAUACGCCAGGGAAAAAAUAAACCUACACCGUCACAGCGCCUUUACCUACACGAGGAACUCGACAGCAACAAGCAACGCCAACGGCGUUUUCCCUGCAUGUCUGCACUUUUAUUCAACACGUGACUGGUUUCAGACGUGUCCUCUGACGCACGACAGUCGUCAAACACCUUUUGAUAAAUGCUGAGGAAACAUUUAACAUUUUAAGCUAAUUUUUUAGCUUACAAACAAACCAGCUUAACAUAAAAUUGUAUGUGUUAUCGAAGCUGAGAUGUUGUUCUCUGUUUGAUCGGUGAUGGGAAGUUCACUCAGAAAAAUGAAAUAAACUGACUCGCUCCAUCUCUCCCAUAUAUCGUGUCUCCAGAGCCUAUAAACAUGAGCACACUGUGCGCAGUUAAGUGAUAUCUCCUUACAAGAGGCUUAGGCUCUUAUUUUUCAACAUGUUUACUGCCAGUUGAAGCCUCUGUAGAGGAGGAGAUCUCUGUUGACUUGAAGUGAACUACAAAAGAAAAAGAAAGCAGGUGUGGUGGAGAUAUGUUGUCUUUAGACUGUAGCAUCUUCUUUAAUGCGACCAGCCGCGUCCUUUCCCCACGAUCUUUCUAUGCUUACAAAAUGCAGACUCUGAGGAAGAUGUCAUCCCCAAACCGUACUGGUGGAUAUAACUCAGACAUAUUCAAAUAGAUCUUACAACUGUUUGCAGAUUUGCUUCCCCAAUUAAUGCCUACUGGUUAUCUUGAGCACAAGUGAGAGAGAUGAAUGAAAAGCUUUUUUCAUUGGAUCAUUUGAAGGAAAUUAAAGACAAGAACGAUAAAUUAAUGCACUUUGUACAGGUAUUGUUUCGUUAGGAGCAGACUGACUCCAACAAAUAGUUUGUAACACUUCAGAGGCUGAAA